AUGAAGGCAGCGGAGGUUGCUGGUUACAUCGUGACAGAGUGGGAAGACUGUCUGAAAUGUGCUUCAGUCAUUGAUAUGUCAUAUGCUAUACGAAGUCUGUGCGCUAAUAUUCUUCUGUACUGCAAGCCAACAAAUCCCAUAUAUUUGUGGGAGCAAUUCAAGAAUGCGAUGAGAAACCGUCGGCGGAACUGCAACGAAUCAGCUAAUCUCGAUUUACGCCCAUUGAAUCACAUCAAAACCAUCUUGGGAAACAAUGGUGCAUCUUUGGAAGAUUUUGAGUUGAGGAAUAUCAAGGAGGCUCUCUUACUUGAUUGUGAUGAUGACUUCAUCAACAGAGCAAGUCCCGAGAUUAAACAACAGACUGAUAAUAUCGCAGAAAGCUUAACGCUUGCCCAAAAACGUGUUGCUAACGCAGUCAUCGCGGCAUCUAGACGUCGCAAAGGAGAUGGUAAUAAGCUCUUUUACAUAGAUGGGAAGGCAGAUCUGGCAAAACUCAUACAAUCAGACCCGACGGCAUCCAACGGCAUUGCUGCUACGCUGUUGAAACAUGGGAGAACUGAGCGUAGUCUGUUUUGCCUCCCUAUCAAGCAACUUCAUAGCUGGUCUACUGCUAAUAUCGACGCAUCGUCGCCUAUCGGUCAAGCUUUAAAUACCGUUGAUGUCAAGGAUGUCUAG